CUACCAUAUACUCCGCCUGUCUCCUCUCAAAAGUAGAGCAAUUUCUCGGUUCAUUCUCAGCCUUUCCCCCAGUUCCCUCCACAAAAUGGAAAACAACCCGCACCAAACGGCGGCGCCGGCGUCGGCGUCACAACAGGCGGUCUACCCAUCGCAGCCACCUUACCCGCAACUGCUACAGCAGCAGCAGCAGCAACUCCAGAUGUUCUGGACCUAUCAGCGUCGAGAGAUCGAGCAGGCGAACGAUUUCAGGAACCAUCAGCUGCCUUUGGCCCGCAUUAAGAAGAUAAUGAAAGCGGACGAGGAUGUUCGCAUGAUCUCUGCAGAGGCCCCGAUCCUCUUUGCCAAGGCUUGCGAGAUGUUUAUCCUCGAGCUCACUAUCCGAUCCUGGCUCCACGCGGAGGAGAACAAGCGGAGAACCCUCCAGAAGAACGACAUUGCUGCAGCUAUCACACGUACGGAUAUAUUCGAUUUUCUGGUGGAUAUCGUCCCCAGGGACGAGAUCAAGGAAGAGGCCGCGUCAUUGGGGGCGAUUUUGGGCCCUCCAGUGGUGGCGAGCGGAGCGACAGGGGUGCCCUACUAUUACCCGCCCAUGGGACAGCCCAUGAUGGGGCAGCCUGCAAUGCCCGGGAUGGAUCCGGGUAUGUAUCUGCAGGCCCCGUCUCCUCCGACCUCCCAGGCGUGGCAGUCUGUCUGGCAAACCGCACCAGAUGAUGGAUCCUACGCCAGUUGUGGUGGUACAAGCAGUAAUCAAGCAAACCUGGAUGGUCAAGAUUGAACAGCUCAUAUGCUGACUGAUCACCGAGCAGCGACAACAAGAGGUCACCGAUUUGCUGAUGUUGAAUGGACUUUUGCUUUUUCAAAUGUUAAUGUACUUUAUUGCAAAUAUUCAUGAAUAUUUGCAUUAAUGAAUAUUUGCAUUAAUGUGCCGACUUUUUUGCUGGUAGAUAUUUGUAUAAAACUUGAUUUUGUUACUAUGGUUUAUCUUAUAAAAUUCGAAGUUCUUGUUUCAGUA